AUGGGGUUCAUAGGCCUCCCUGCCUCCGUGUCUGUAUCGGAGAGCACCCGUCCCAGGAGUGUGGUGGUGGAGUUUCAUGUGCAGAGCUCCAGUCUUCUCCCCACAGUCAACAUCCUCUCUGUCAACCCAGAGUUAGCAGUGUUUGAGACGCCCAUCGUCAACCCUACUAACGUCUCUGGUAUCUUCAAUGUCCAGAUAGUGUUGAGCGGUUCUCUGGACUAUGAGAAGGCCAGCAUGGUGAGUGUUCGUCUGGGCCUGGUCACCUCAUCAGGCCGUGCAGAGCAGACCUUCCAUAUCAGGGUGGUGGAUGAGAACAACACGCCACAGUGUGAACCUCUGUUCCAGCUGCCUGGAGUUGAGGUUCAUGUCCCAGAGAACCUUCCUGUUCCUGUGACUCUCUACACUGUCCUGGCCUCCGACGCAGACCGCAAUGACACACUCUCUUUCUCUAUCAGUCAGGUCUUGCCCAAAUCCUCCAAAGGACAGUUCCACGUCAGUGGAGGCGGCAGCAUCAUCUCAAGCCAACCAUUUGAUUACCACACAGGGCCAAGGGAAUUGAUGCUGUCUGUGGUUGUGAGAGACAAACAGGGGGCUAACUGUACUGGGACAGUCAGGAUCAAGGUGCUGAAAGUCUACAACCCUCCUCUGGAUCUGCUUCUUGUUUCCCAGAAUGUGUCCAUCUUUGAGAACCAAGGACCUGAGGAUAUUGUAGCUAUCGUCAGAGCUAACCUCACCAUCCCUGAUGUACUCUACACUUUUGUAAAAGAUUAUCCCCAUUUCAAGAUUGAGGACGGUAUCAUCAGAACAGCCUAUAACCUAGACCUGGAGGCGGAGCUGGCCCUGGCCCACAGUGUUCUAUUGGUCAGAGCCUACAGCGUGGCAGUGGAACGCUCAGCUACCGCCACUGUCACGGUCAACGUUUUGGAUGUCAAUGAGUUCCCACCCUUCUGCUCCCCCUCAGUGUUUGUGCUGGAGGUGUCAGAGACCAUUGAGGUGGGCAGCAGCCUGGGCUCACUGACCUGUGUUGACAUUGACGUCAGUAACCAGAGUGUGUCGCUCACACUCGUCGAUAACAGAUUAUCACUGCUCAAAUUCCGCGUCAAAGACGGACAGCUCCAGGUUAACAACACUCUGAACUACGACUCUGCUGAGAUGGCCACCAAUAACUUCCAGUAUGAGGCCACCAUCUUGGCUACGGACGCAGGCACCCCUCCUCUCACAUCCCAGGUGCGUGUUCUGGUCAGUGUAACCCCAGUCAAUGAACAUGAUCCAGUGUUUCAGACUUUGUUCUUCAGUGUCCCUGAGGGCACCAGGCCUGGUACGGCAGUGGGGACGGUGGUGGCCAGAGACACAGACUGGCCCUUUGGCAACAUCCGCUACUCAAUCACUACAGGAGACGCCAUGUUCACUAUUGACCCUGAGGGAGGGGAGCUGUAUCUGGGCGGAGAGCUGGACUUUGAGGAGCAGCAGGUUUAUGUAGUGGGGGUUCAGGCUGAGGAUUAUGAGCAGGAUAUGGACCGUACCAACCGCAAGAGAAGAACAGUGGACAUCACCGUACAAGUGGAGAAUGUGAAUGAUAAUGCUCCAGUGUGUGACCCAAUCUCCUAUGAGUCCACCAUCUUCUCCACCUUGUCUAAUAAACUCCCCAUCCUCUCACUCAGCUGCGCUGAUGCAGACAGCGACAGACUAACAGCUACCAUCACUAAUGGUGCUGCAGUGGACCGGUUUCUGAUGACCGGGUUGAGUCUCGUCUCCAAAAAUGUGUUCUCCUACGUGGUGGAUGGGGUUUAUGACCGCACCAUGUUUGAAGUCACCAUCUCUGUGUCGGAUGGCAGGCAUCACACUGAGGCUGUGGCCUACAUCUACGUAGUUCCCUGGACCACUACUGUUCCUACUACUACUACUACCACUACAGCUAAACCUCCACACGUGGUCACAGUGAUGUCAGACUACUGGGAUCCAGAGCCUUGGUUUGUUGCUGUGGUGACGGUUACCGGCAUCCUGCUCCUGCUGGUCACAAGUCUGCUCAUCAGGGCCAUUCUGAGCCGGUGA